AAACUGUCCUUUUGAAAUUCAAUCUUAUAUAAAUAUAUCCGUAAAGUUUCCUUUGCAUUGUUGGGUGGCACAGGUUAGCAGAAGAGAAUUAGAAAUGCAAUCAGGUUGUGUUUGUGGAGAUAAGCCAUGGCGUUUUGGCGCUCUCUCUCACCAUGUGUCAAUUUGGGUACCACGAAGCCACAGCAUGAAGAAGUCCCGUCGAGUAGUAUCAAUGGUUGCUAAACGAAGCCCAAAGCGUCUGAAAUACACAGAUGCUACUCGGUUCAACAAGGAGGGAGGUUUGGUUUACAUUGAAGCUGAUCCAUCUGCAUAUGAUUUAUGGAAAUUGGAACCAGUUGUCAAUCUAUUGAAACAAGGUGCUGUUGGAGUCAUCCCUACUGAUACACUAUAUGCGAUAGCAUGUGACCUGACAAAUCAUUCAGCCAUUGAACGACUUCGUAGAAUCAAGAAUAUAGACAGUUCAAAGCCCCUUAGCAUCUUAUGCCACUCAUUUCGCGACAUAGAUAAGUACACAGCUGGGUUUCCAUGCGGCGAUGGUCAAGGCCAUGCAAAUUUAUUCAAAGCUGUUAAGCAAUGCUUACCUGGUCCUUACACUUUCAUCUUAUUGGCUAGCAAAGCAUUACCGAAACAGUGCAUAAGGUUUGGGACAUCUGCUGCCAAAUAUGCAUCAAGAAAAAAUGUGGGUGUUCGUAUGCCUGACGAUGCCAUUUGUCAAGCAAUAUUGAAGGAGAUGAGUGCACCAUUAAUAUGCACAAGCAUCAAGUUUCUCAAGGAAGAUGAAUGGAUGAUUGAUCCAGUUAUGAUAGCUGAUACAUAUGGACCAGAGGGUCUUGAUUUUGUUGUUGAUGGUGGUGUAAGAGUGGCUCAAUCGUCGACUGUGGUUGACAUGACCAAAAUGCCCCCCCGAGUCCUACGACAAGGAAAGGGUCCUAUUUCACCCUGGAUGGUGUUGGAAGAUAAUGAAAAAAAUGAUGCUGAAGAGGAUCUCAUCCCUGCUGCCAUUUGAAUGUUAAUAAUCCAAUUACUUUUGUAAAUAAGGAGGGUAUUUUAUGUAAAUAAAAAUAAAUUGUUGUAAAUGUUGACAUAGUAUACUAUGUACUUUUUUGUUGUUGACCAGGUACCCUGUUACUUCAUAGGGUUAUCUUGAUUCUUUUUGCAAUUAAUUAGAAUUUCAAGUUU